AUGACAACAUGAGCUGCCCUUGGCCUUCAAGAUAGUGCCUCUCCUCUUAUAGAACAACUUACAUUUUUUCAUGAUCAUGCUCUUAUAAUUUUAGUAAUAAUUACAACUCUUGUAGGUUAUUUAAUAUUUAUAUUGUUCUUCAAUACUUACACAAACCGAAACCUCCUUCACGGUCAAACCAUUGAAAUAAUUUGAACUAUUCUUCCAGCAAUUGUUCUGCUAUUUAUUGCUUUCCCCUCUCUACGCCUACUUUACUUAUUGGAUGAAAUUAAUGAACCUUCAGUAACUUUAAAGGCUAUCGGACACCAAUGAUACUGAAGUUACGAAUAUUCAGAUUUCAUAAAUGUAGAAUUUGACUCAUAUAUAAUCCCUACUAAUGAAUUAGCUACAGAUGGAUUUCGUUUAUUAGACGUAGAUAACCGAGUAGUUUUACCUAUAAAUUCACAAAUUCGAAUUUUAGUAACAGCCGCAGAUGUAAUCCACUCUUGAACAAUCCCAUCGUUAGGAGUAAAAGUUGAUGGAACUCCAGGUCGAUUAAACCAAACUAAUUUUUUAAUAAACCGCCCAGGUUUAUUCUAUGGUCAAUGUUCUGAAAUUUGCGGAGCUAAUCACAGUUUUAUACCUAUUGUAAUCGAAAGAAUCCCUGUUAAUCAUUUUAUUAAAUGAGUUACUAACAGAGCUAACUCAUAA